GCCAUGUGCAGGGUCGCCAACCACUAGACCAGACUGCCCAUAGCCACAUCCAGCCUGGCCUUGAGUCAUCUCUUCCAGGGUUGGAGGUAGGAAGCCCUCAAACAUUUUUUAAUCUCGAAGAAUUUAGUGCAUCCAGAAAUGUGCAAAUAUCUAAGAUGUCCUUUCUUAUUUCUGCAGCUCGUGCCAAACCACUGCUGCUCUUCCAGCUCCUUCCAUGCUGCUCUGUGCUUGUUGGUGGUGUUUGGGAAGUGUCGCUCCUUUUCCAGCGAUGGAAGAGGCAGAGGAUUGCAGGACACAUGUUUCGCUGCGCUCCCUGCCUCUAAACACACCGUCCAUCUCAUAGAGGGUAAAAAUAAAGCAGCAUUGUUUAAUUUCUGGAAAAAGCCAGAUGACAGUGGAAGGGGUCAAAAAUACACAUACCAGCACUCCCUAUCCCACUGUCUCAGCUGUUGCUUCCUGAGAGACAGAAGCAUGUGGUUGCUAAAAAUACCCUUGCAAAGAGAAUACAUUCCCUCUCCAAUGGGAGAGUAUAAAUUAGUCUGAGUCCUAACAUAUACAAUUGCUUGUGGCUGGGAGAAACAAUUCCAAACGUGGUUUUUGGAGGGGGUUUCUUAGGAAGCAGAAGACCCUGCCCUGUGUAGGUCGGCAAUAGUGCGUGGAAGAUCUCCUCCUGCCUUUCAUGCUCCCACCCCCUCUCCCUCCUAUGGGAUACGGUGCAGCUGGGGGUGGGGGUAGGCCGGCCCUUUUAUAAACGUGGUCUUGUGGCAAGGCGAAGUUGACAGGGGUGACGGAAGAUUUGUCUCACUGCAAGGUACCUGGGAAUGACCAGAGGGGUAAUGGAGUCAGUUGAAGUAUUCACGACUGAAGGCAAAGGCAGGGGCUUGAAAGCACAGAAGGAAUUCUUGCCCGGAGAUGUCAUCUUUGCAGAGCCAGCCUACGCUGCUGUGGUUUUUGAUAGCCUGACACACGUAGUCUGCCACACCUGCUUCAAACGGCAAGAGAAGCUCCAUCGCUGUGGCCAGUGCAAGUUCGCCUACUAUUGUGACCGAACCUGCCAGAGAGAUGCCUGGCUGAACCACAAAAAUGAGUGCUCUGCCAUCAAGAAGCACGGCAAGGCACCCACUGAGAACAUCAGGCUGGCAGCCCGGAUCCUGUGGCGGAUAGAGAGAGAAGGCAGUGGGCUGUCAGAGAACUGCCUGGUCUCUAUUGAUGACCUGCAAAACCACGUGGAGAACUUUGACGAGGAGGAGAAGAAGGACCUCCGUAUUGAUGUGGAAAGCUUCUUGGAGUUCUGGCCAGCUCAGAGCCAGCAGUUUGGCAUGCAGUACAUCUCCCACAUAUUUGGAGUGAUCAACUGCAAUGCCUUUACCCUCAGUGACCAAAGAGGACUGCAAGCCGUUGGUGUGGGAAUCUUCCCCAACCUCUGCCAGGCCAACCACGACUGCUGGCCCAACUGUACUGUCAUCUUCAACAAUGGCAAUCAUGAGGCUGUAAGAUCAAUGUUCCACACACAGAUGAGGAUUGAGCUGCGGGCACUAAGCAAGAUCUCCCCAGGAGAUGAGCUGACUGUGUCCUAUGUGGACUUCCUCAAUGUGAGUGAGGAGCGGCAGAAGCAGUUGAAGAAGCAAUAUUACUUCGACUGCACCUGUGAGCACUGCAAGAAAAAGAUCAAAGAUGACCUGAUGCUGGCAGUGAAGGGGGGGGACAACAAGCCUUCCGCAGAGACAGUGAAGGAAGUUAUCCAGUUCUCCAAGGACACGCUGGAGAAGAUCAACAAGGCCCGCCUGGAGGGAACUUACCAUGAAGUUGUGAAACUGUGCCGUGAGUGCCUGAAGAAACAAGAGCCUGUGCUGGGAGACACAAACAUCUACCUCCUGAGGAUCCUCAGCAUUGCCUCUGAGGUCCUCUCCUACCUCCAGAUGUUUGAAGAAGCAGCUGAAUAUGCCAAGAGGAUGGUGGACGGCUACAUGAAAAUAUACCAUCCUAACAAUGCACAGCUGGGGAUGGCUGUGAUGCGAGCAGGAGUGACCCACUGGCAUGCUGGCCUCAUUGAAGCUGGACACAGCAUGAUCUGUAAAGCCUAUGCCAUUCUCCUGAUAACGCAUGGACCUUCCCACCCAAUUACCAAAGACUUGGAGGUCAUGCGUGUCCAGACGGAGAUGGAGCUGCGCAUGUUCCAGCAGAAUGAGUUCAUGUACUACAAGAUGAGGGAAGCUGCCCUCAAAAACCAAAAGAUUCAAGUCAUGCCUGAACCCAGCAAUGAGGCCCCACCCAGCCUCUUCCACAAGAAGGAAUAAAUAUUGAGCUUGACACAAAGUCAUGCUGUUAGGUAACACCACCUGUUGCACCUCCAGACAUGGGGAAUGUGAUAUGUGAAUGUGAUACAUCCCCAAGGAUUGUUUCCAGUGCCACCAGUUUGAGAGCAUGGACCAGCGGGGAGAGUCCUGAAAAUCUCCUGAGAGCUCACAGCAGAAAAGCUCUUGGCAAAAGCAACAUCAUUUUCUACCACAAGCAUUAAAAAAUCAAAGCAAGAAACCUGCUAUAAAAUUAUUUACAUUCUUAAUGAAAGCCAGUUUC